GCUCUUUAUAUCGCUCAUGCUCGCUAUGAUCGCACUGUUGACAUCCGGCUCCGGCAUGAUACGUUGGAUACACACCGAUCGGCAUUGGACUCAAGAAGUAAGGAUCAUCGUCACCACACCGAUUGCACCAACUGACCUAAAUACGAUCAGCAACUCAAGCCAGGCGGCUACUUCGUGUUAUCUUACCCUGUUGUCAAUAGUCACCCCCAUGUUCUUCGUCGCCUGGUCCCUACAUUGUUUCAUAUUUGGUGACUUAUUCCAUCAUUUGAGGCUCUCCGGUCCCUUAUGCAUUUUCACCCCAGCGAUGUUGAUAACAGGCUUUUCCUCUCAAAGCAUAAUCUGCCGCGCCGUCACUGUGCUUUGGAUGGUCACAUACGUCGUGAACAUGGGGACAAUAUUGAUAGAAACUAUGUGGAAGUAUGCGGCAAGCCUCAAUCACGCUAGAUAUCACCAGUAG